AUGUCCCGCAUCCUCGACACGCUCACCGCGGAAAUCGCUGCGCUCGACCGCGCCGGCGCCCACAGCCUCGAUGCGCUCGUCCGCGAAUCGAGCCUGAUCUUGCUGGAUCUCAAGGAAUUGGAGGCCGACUUGGAGGACCACGUGGCCCGCGAGUCACAGGCCGCCCGGGCCGGCGCCAACACCACCGCCAGGACCCUCGUGGACGAUCACGAUAUGGGCGGGUUUGCAGGCAGGCUCGAGCGCCGGGCGGGCGCCUGGCACAGCGCUUCUCUCGGCGCCUUGAAGCAAUACAACGGCCAGUUGCUGCGGUUUGUGCGCAGCGCCGGCAGCGGCGCCGGCGGCGCCGUGGACUUGGACGACGCGUACGCGUUCCCGCUAGCCCUCGGCUCGUUUCCCGCGCAAAAAGCCGGCCAAAACGGGCAAGCAGCGGACGGCGGCAAUCUGCCGGCCUUUUCCGGCGGCAACGGCGGCAGCGUCGCCCCAGCGGCGGCCAGCCACACGCAGCUCAUGCGCAGCAUAGUGCUGCACUUUGUCAAAACGGGCCACGCGGCGCUCGUGGCGGAACUCCUCGACGACUUCAGGGCCGGCAGCGCGUUGGCGCCCGGGCUGCUAGCCCGGUUCUUGCAGCUCGGCGACAUUGUCCGCGAGAUCCGGGAGAACCACGACAUCACGCGGGCGCUUGCGUGGUUCCAGGAGCAGGGCGCCCGCGGCCAUGGCGGCCACGAGCCCGCGCUGUUCAAGUUCCACAUGCUCCAGUUCGUGCUUCUCUUGGCGGGCCAUUCGCAGGGCGGCCAGGCGCCGAGCGCGGGCGGCGCGGGCGCCGGCCUCGAGCGGGCGUUUGCCGCGUACGCGUACGCCAAGUCCCACUUCCCGGCGCAUUUCAAGCGCCACGUGGACGACAUUGCGCCCGUGCUCAGCCUCCUCCUCUUCCCGGCCGCCGGCGACGAGGACAGCACGCGCCACAUGGCCGUCUUGAGGCAGAACGUGCACCGCGCGUUUGUCCAGGGCUGCGAGGCCCAGAGCCGCCGCUCCCGCGACACGCGGUUCGUGGCGGAGAUGCUCGAGCACUUCGACACGCUCCACGCCAACGGCGCCUUCUUCGACCGGCUAGCGCAUGACUUCGUGCAGGAGUUCUGCAAGGGCCUGGCGCUCUCCACCGAGUCGUCGUUGUUCCAGGCCGUUUUGGCAGGGCACGUGAACCUCCCGAACUUCUACAAGUACAGCCAGCUCCAGCAGAGGUUGCGGCGCCCCGCGCCGCCGGGCCCGCGCGACCUCCCGUUCUCGCUCUCGUCGAAAAACCAGUUCUUGUUCGACUUCCACCCGAUCUUCAUCUGCCCGGUGUCGAAGGAGCAGCUCAUGCCCCUUGUGUCGGUGGCCACGGUGGCCGACGUGGACGUGCGCGACCGCAAGCGCAAGCAGAUUUUCGUGUCGCCCCACGAGGUCUUGGUCAGCCCCACCAACCCGGUGGUGGUCUUUGGCCACUGCCACCACUUGGCGCUCAAGGAGAGCGUGCGCCAGUUGACCAAGGGGGGCGCCGAGACGUUCAAGUGCCACUACUGCUACAAGAAACACAAGCUCAACGAGGUGAGCGACGCCUACUUCAUUGACUUGUAG